AUGAGCUUAAAAUGCGCUUUCAUGUACACCAGCAAGGUGUUGAGGCCCUUGAGUAGUCGUCGAAUGAUCCACGUGACCCGGAUUGUGAUGGCCAAGAACGAUGCUUCCACCAUAGACUCAUAUAAAUUACCUUCCCAAACAUCUAUUAACGAAUGGGAGUUCCGAUACGACUUUGUACCCAAAGUGUCUGAGCCCAAGGUCCCCCCUGUGACUCCUGAAGCGGUCGCCAAAGAUAUGAUUGCGGAAAUGCAGGCAAGGAAUGCACGUGAAGAUCAAUUGACCAAGUCUCAAUCUGUUAAGGUUGAAGCCAAUCUGGCUGAUGUAUUCCAUCAAGGUCAAUCUGUAAUGGAAGAUCCUGUCGUUGUUGGAGACCAUGCACAUGCACAAGAAGGACUUGCGGUUGACGAAAAUAGUGGUCGGGGAUCGCUGGAGGUUGCACCUUCAAUUGCACCCAAACCAGCAAACAGAGACAAAUAUGUCCAAAGUUCCAUUAACCCGCUGAUUAACGAUUCACAAGUUGCCAACUACGGUGAAAGCGAAGUAGACCACAAGAUCUCCGAAGUCCCGGAACAAACACCAGUGUGGGAAGAUGUAGAACAUUCCAACGAGUUACAGAGACAGGAUUUGAGUGAUCCAGCUAACAGACCAGCUCCAGAUGUCACUCCCAAAAGGGAGGAAGUAUACGAGGACAUUUCCGGGUUCUUUAUACCUUUAGUAUUGAUAGCAUUUGGUGGAGUAGGAUAUUAUUACUAUUACUAUCUGAUCCAAAAAAAGCAAAAAGGAAAGACACAGAUUAAGUGA